AGCAAUGGCUCAGCGGUUCUUCAACUUAGUUCUCUUACCACGAAUUCGUGAUGAUAUAUCUUUCUACAAGCGGCUCAACUUUCAUCUUUAUCAAUCAUUGUAUAAAGCCCUUUUUAAGCCAGCUGCUUUCUUCAAGGGUGUUUUGUUACCUCUAUGCAUGUCUGGCAACUGUACUCUACGUGAGGCUGUGAUAGUAGGGUCUGUGCUUGCCAAGAAUCGCAUACCAAUACUUCAUUCUGCUGCAGCCAUCCUCAAAAUUGCAGAGAUGGAUUAUAACGGGGACAAUUCAAUAUUCUUAAGAAUAUUCUUUGAUAAGCAGUAUGCCCUACCCUAUAGAGUAAUUGAUGGCUGUGUCUAUCAUUUUCUCAAGUUUGAGCAUGAUCGCCGGGGCCUACCUGUUUUAUGGCACCAGUCAUUACUAACAUUUGUGCAGCGCUACAAAGAGGACCUUAGUCCAGAUCAGAAGCAAUCCCUUUUGGAUGUUGUGAAGUUCCAUACUCAUCAUGCCAUAACUGGAGAGGUUAGUA